GUUUUCGUCUUCCUCCCGUGCCGUCUGUUCCUUGCCCGGGCCUAGGCAUGGUUGCCAUCCGCUUCACCGCUAUAAAAAGCAACCACCCACAUCAAGUUGAACAACCCUCCAGAAAUCUUUCACACGAAUCUCUCUGCUCCUCUGAUUCAACUGUGAGUGCCCAACAAUCUUACUCCUAACCCUAUAUCCCUACAUCAUUCAAUUCUUUAUAGCUGCUGCCCGUUCAUUUAUUUUCUCACCGUACGUCUCCAUAUAUUUGAUUUGGCUCGUCUUUUGAAAUUUUUUAAUUUCCUCACGAAUCUUCUUUCACGGCGAUGAAACCCUGUCAUAGAAUCCUCUUUCAUAGCCGAAAUUCGGCUCUUUUCGGCUUCCCAUCUCCCAAAUGCCAUCGUUCAUUGACUGGUGGAAUUCCGCCAAUUUCUAGAUUGAAUUUAGACAUUAUUCGUAGGUUACAUGGCAACUCACCCCGAAUUUUGGGGCUUCGUGGCCCUACUGAUGGAACCCCAAAACAAUCCUCUCCCCCUAAUUCGAGUUGGGGUCAAUCUAGGGUUUUCUCUGGCACUUACAAUGGUGGCGGCAUAGGUAGGGGCGUGUAUGUGAUUGCUAGUGUUUCCUCGAAUGUUCGGAAUUAUUCGACUUCCGUUGAGACACGUGUGAAUGAAAAGAAUUUUGAGAGGAUAUAUGUUCAGGGUGGCAUGAAUGUGAAGCCUUUAGUAGUUGAAAGAAUUAACAAAGAUGAGAACAUUGCCAGAGAUGAAGAAGUUGGUGUGAAAAAUGAUGUUGCUAGUGUAAAUACUGAAAAUUCAGAAGGUCUAGGUGAGGUUGAGGUGUCAAGUGCCAGUAAAGAAGAAUCCGAGGUUGAGAGGGAGGCAUGGAAGCUAUUGCAGCAUGCAGUUGUGACAUAUUGUGGGAGUCCAAUUGGUACCGUAGCAGCAAAUGAUCCAGCUGACAAGCAACCGCUUAACUAUGAUCAGGUCUUCAUUCGUGAUUUUGUGCCAUCUGCUCUCGCUUUCUUGCUCAGGGGGGAAGCAGAGAUUGUGAGGAACUUCCUCCUCCAUACAUUGCAAUUGCAGAGUUGGGAGAAAACAGUAGACUGCUACAGCCCCGGUCAGGGGUUGAUGCCAGCAAGUUUUAAAGUUAGAACUGUGCCUCUUGAUGAAAAUAAAUCUGAAGAGGUUCUAGAUCCAGAUUUUGGUGAGUCAGCUAUUGGACGUGUUGCACCUGUAGACUCUGGGUUAUGGUGGAUUAUCUUAUUGAGGGCUUAUGGGAAGAUCACUGGUGACUAUGCUUUACAAGAAAGGGUGGAUGUUCAGACAGGCAUACAACUCAUUCUAAGGUUGUGUUUGUCUGAUGGAUUUGAUAUGUUUCCUUCCCUAUUAGUCACUGAUGGCUCCUGCAUGAUAGACCGGCGGAUGGGUAUCCAUGGUCACCCCCUUGAGAUUCAAGCCUUAUUUUACUCAGCUCUGAGGUGCUCCCGAGAAAUGCUCUCCGUAGAUGAUGGAUCCAAGAAUUUGGUGAGGGCCAUAAACAAUAGACUUAGUGCAUUGUCAUUUCACAUCAGAGAAUAUUAUUGGGUUGACAUGAAAAAGAUCAAUGAGAUCUACAGAUAUAAGACGGAGGAAUAUUCAACAGAUGCCACUAACAAAUUCAAUAUCUACCCUGAACAAAUUCCUGAUUGGUUAGUCAAUUGGAUUCCAGAAAAGGGUGGCUACUUGAUUGGCAAUUUACAGCCUGCUCACAUGGAUUUUCGAUUCUUUACACUUGGAAAUCUCUGGUCCAUUGUUUCAUCUUUAAGUACUCCAAGGCAAAGUGAGGCUAUUUUGAAUUUGAUUGAAGCCAAAUGGGAUGAUCUUGUGGGACAUAUGCCUCUUAAGAUAUGUUUCCCUGCUCUGGAAUAUGAUGAGUGGCGUAUAAUUACGGGCAGUGAUCCAAAGAAUACCCCUUGGUCAUAUCACAAUGCUGGAUCUUGGCCAACCCUUUUAUGGCAGUUCACAUUGGCGUGCAUGAAGAUGGGCAGACCAGAACUUGCUAAGAAAGCAAUUGAUUUGGCUGAAAAGAGGCUUCCGGUUGACAAAUGGCCUGAAUACUAUGACACAAGGAAUGGAAGGUUCAUAGGAAAACAAGCCCGACUUCACCAGACAUGGUCAAUUGCUGGCUUUCUGACAUCAAAAAUACUGUUGGAGAACCCAGAGGUGGCUUCUUUGUUAUUCUGGGAGGAAGACUAUGAACUUCUAGAGAUCUGUGUUUGCGCACUCAGCAACUCUGGCCGGAAAAAGUGCUCCCGCGGUGCCGCCAAGUCUCAAAUACUUGUUUAAAAACCAUGUCAUGUACAUAUUAGCGACUAUUCGAGCGUAGGGAAACAAAUUUUUUCUGCAGCAAUGUGUCUGUUCUGUACAAUAUUCAUCUAUUUGUUGUCCGAUCAAUUCGACAGGUUGACCGGUACUGAUAGCUUGUUAGGUGGUGUUUUUUUUUUUUUUUUUUUUUCUGGAGACACCCCCCAGUAUUAUUAUCGUGGCUACUUGAUCAUCACCCGAAUGUAUGUAUGUAUAAUAACGAAACACUGGCUGGCUACAAUCUCGCCUUAUUUUUCUAUUUCACCUGAUUGGUUUUUGUAGAGGUGGUGGUAUUGGGAUUCCAGCGCUAAACACUCGUGGGUAUUCCCCAUGAAUGUUUCGUGUUUUAUCUAGUUCCGAGGUUUGAAAUG